UUGUGUUUGUUUCUACAGCAUAGUGAGGCCCAAGAUGACAUUCUCCAUCUUCUUAAAGAUAUUGGCUCUUGGUUUAUUGGAGCCAGUGAUGGACCAGAACUUGUACUACACAGGAAUGAAGUCCACAUCUGCAACCUUCGCAUCAGCAAUGUGCAAUGUUCUUCCCGCCCUCACCUUUCUCAUGGCAUACAUCUUCCGACUGGAGAAGGUGAAUAUUAAGAAGACACCCAGCCAAGCUAAGGUGGCGGGAACUCUGGUAACAGUCGCCGGAGCAAUGGUCAUGACAAUAUACAAAGGCCCCAUUAUAGAAAUGCCAUGGUCUAGAGGAGGAAGCCACAUUAAUGGACCCAAAACCGACGCGGUCGGAAAGGACUGGAUCAAGGGUUCACUUAUGCUCACCACUGGUUGUUUUUGUUGGGCGUGUUUCAUCAUACUACAAGCUAUCACUUUAAGGACAUACCCGGCAGAGCUCUCACUUACUGCUUUCAUAUGUUUGGCGGGUGCAGUAGAGGGCACUGUUGUAGCACUAGCAAUAGAACGCGGCAAUACUGCAAUUUGGUCUAUUGGCUGGAAUGCGAAGCUCUUCGCCGCCAUCUACUCGGGGAUCUUCUGUUCUGGGAUUGCUUAUUACAUUCAAGGUGUGAUCAUGAAGAAGCGAGGUCCCGUUUUCGUGACCGCUUUUAGUCCCCUAAGCAUGAUCAUUGUCGCCAUCUUGGGUUCUUUCAUUUUAAAGGAGGAGAUCUCCUUAGGAAGGAUCCUUGGAGCAAUUGUCAUAGUCAUCGGCUUAUAUUUUGUUGUGUGGGGUAAGAGCAAGGAUAGCAUGAUAUCAUCACCUCAGAUCGAUGAGCGAAUAACCACACCCAACCUACCAACAGCAGCGAUAGACUCCAAAAAGACGGUCCCCAAUGAAUUCAUCAGUAUCGGUGUUUCUAUGCCAGAGAUUCGAAACGGAGAUCCUCAUUAACUAUUCAAAUCAUUACACUCAACACCCAUCAGAAAAAUUUUCCUCUCCAAAUUCCGAAAUCAGAAUUCGGUGCGAAUAAUAUUUACCAUGUAUCACCUUCUAUCGAUAUAUAAUUUUCGCUCGUAAAUGCUUUUGACAGUUUUGGAUUAUGCAAUCUAGAAAGACUUGGGUGGAAUUUAUUUCACA